AUGGAAAUAUUAGUGGUGGUGGUGGUUGUGGUAGAGGGUGGAGAAUUUCAUUUUAUCCAUGCAGGAUAUAAGAGAAAAGCUGUGAAGGAACAACCUGCAGUGGAGCUGACUCUAUUGUCCCAAGAUUCAAGCUAUCUCCUAAGGCUACCCUGUGCUCCAGUGUUCCAGAGCCAGCCAAAGAUCCUGCAGUAUGAGGAGGGAUCACCACCUGGGAGUGGCAGCAACCAUGACAAAGAGACCUUCUGGACACCAAGCAUCAGCUCUCAUGUAAGCCAGGCCCCUGGGACAGAAUCAGAGGGAUACUCCUAUGAGAACUUCAAGGGCUAUGCUUUCAGCAACCCCUUACACCUGAUUGUAUCAUAUGACUGGCUGAUACUGCAGGGCCCCACCCAGCCUGUGUUCGAGGGUGACUCUGUGAUCCUUCACUGCCGGGCAUGGGGGGAUUGGCCUCUGCACCAGGUCACCUUCUAUCGAGAUGGCUCAGCCUUAGGUCCCCCAGGGCCUGACAUGGUGUUCUUGAUCGGUUCGGUUCACACAGUCGACAGUGGACACUAUCACUGCACUGGCAUCUUCAAGAGUCCUGGCCCUGGAGCCAAGAAGGCAGCUGCGGUGGUCCUUAGAGUACAAGAGCUGUUUCCCCCUCCAACAAUUAUAGCAACCCCCUCUACAAAGCCUCAAGAGGGGAGCCAGAUGACCUUGAGCUGUGAAACAAAGCUGAGCCCCCAGAGAUCAAACUCCUUGCUUCACUUCUCCUUCUACAAAGAUGGCAGCAUGGUUCAAAGCAAAGACAGAUCUCCAAUAUAUACACUCUUAAAAGUGCAGCUGGGAGACUCUGGCUCAUACUGGUGUGAGGCAGUCAUGGAAGAUGGCCAGAUCCGGAAACAGAGUCUCAGGCUUGAAGUUCAGGUGCAGAAUUUUUCCUCAAAAAGUCCUCCCAGAGCAUCAGCUUCAACUACUUCAGAUCCAUCUCCUAAAAAAACAGCAACUCCAAAACCAGCUCCUUCUGAUCCCUUGAGGCCUUCUCAGUCCAGUCACCCUUCUUCUGGGAGUCCAUGUUCAGACCCUCCUCUAAAGAUGCAAGAUCCCUUCCUGAGCUACCAGAUGCACACCCUGCUCCAUCACAUACAAAAUGUGAGAACCCUGCUAGGCCACCUAGUUCUAGAACUUAGGGACCUCUCUGGUCGCCUUGAAUCCAAGGCUUCAGGAGUUAAAGGGUCAGCCCCCAAAGCCCAUAAAGCUUCAGAAACCUCUAGGGGUCCUCAGAGGAAAUAAGUCUAAGACUGAACUCUCAUCUUGAUAACAGGAUCUGGGUCUUUAGCUUUCUUUCAUUUCUAUGGUUUUUUGCAACCCCAUUGAAGCAUGUUUUUCUGUACUAGGUGGGGAACAUUUAGUUGAUUUUGUCUGUGCUUGAGUAUCAUGAAAUGCAUUCUUCCAAACCUUGGACAGGAAUUGGGACUAUAUGGCAAGAGAGUCCUGGGGAAGGGUCUUACUGAGCACCUCCCAAUACCCCCAAACACACGAACACAUAAGUCACAGGAAAGCUAUGAGGACAACUAGGCUUCCUAGGUGACACUGGCUCUCAUGUCAGUGGUUAAAGGCUGAAUAGAAGAGUUUUAGAUAAUUGUGUCAGACCCCUCACCCCCAGGUUGCUUCAACCUCUGAUACAGGUGUACCUAACAGAGGAUAGCUUCAGGAAGAAUGGUUGAGAACUCAGAUGACACUGAUAAUGAUGCAACUUGGUCAUUGCCAUCAAACAUUUAGAGUGCUCUGUGCUCAAGACCUCAGGUAGCUCACAGUAUAACCUAUUUAUUACUCAAGACUUCCCUAAGGAUUUAUUUUCAAGGAACACAGAAAAAGCCAUCCAGAAUAUUAGGCACUUUCAGGGCUACUUGAUUCUAUUUAUCACAAGGUAGUCUCACUUGACUCAUUAAUAAUUCCUCCCUCCAUGACAGCUUUGUAACAGUAGUGGAAUGGGUCAGUCUUGCAGACAUUAACCCAGAAGUUUCUCUUGGCUUUUAUUAGGUCCUCUCAGGUAGCCUCACAGAAGAUUGUACAUUAUGGGAUAGAAAGAACCUUAGAAAGAAUUGAAUCCUAUUUUCUCAUGGAAAAGUGUGGUCUAGAGCAGUUAAAUAACUUUUUCAAGAUUGUAAACCAUUAAAUGGAAGAGGAAGAAUUUAAUUCCAAAUCCUAUUCUGAGAUCAAUUUUCUUUUCCAUAUGCUACAGAGAGAGAAUUUGAUCUUCACUCAAAAAGCAUUGGAGGAAGGUGCUAUUAUUAUUCCCAUUUUAUAGUUGAGGAAACUGAGACAGAUAGAGUUUGAGUAUCUUGCUUGGUACCUGUCUAAGGGCAGAUGCAAACUUGGGUCUUCCUGACUCCAAGACCAGUGUGCUCUAUCCACUAUACUACCUAGCUGGUUUUAGUGACCAGAAUUUUACCAGAAGCUUGCUAUCUUUCAUAAACUAAUGGAUAACAAAUCCCUGAGCUACAAAUAUGUAACCCAAAAUGGCUUUGAAAAUUCAACAAAUAAACUACACAUCAUCACA